AUGCAUUUGAUAAAGACGCCAGCACGGCCGAGGACCUCGAUAUCCUACCAUGACAACAACGGCUCCAGCAGGUGCCACAGUGGCAGGUCGCUGGUGUCGUCAGUUGAGUUGGAUCGGUUGAAUACGGCUGCCACCAUUUAUCGGCCUCUCUCACAAUCGAUCAUCAAAUAUGACGUCCUGAACACGCCUGUGGAGAAUGAGUGGCGGAUGUUGAAUGAGAAGCACUGCAAACGCUCGAUAAGUGAGAGGAAUUCAGCGCGCAAGUUGGCAGACGAAGUGAUCGACAUCGUGAAAGUUAUUGACCACGAAACCAAACAGAGGCAACUGAUCAGUACGCACAGUCUCGGGGCGAGAAUUUCCAGCUUAUCGUAUUGGAAGGAAAAGUUGAAUAAGGAGAUUGUGCUCAUGAGGAAUAUCAUGUACGAACUAUCUGUUAGUGGUUUGACUGUCAAGUCAUUUGCUACCAGUCAGAUGAACCUGGAAAGACAUUUAGAAUCAAUCACAUGCCCACUAAUCAUUUCACUCAAGUGUUUGGACGAGAGACAGAAGAGGAUUGGAAUCGAUGCCAUCAGAGAUAAAGUUGAGAACAAUUUGUACAAGGAAAUUGAUACCCUGAAAAAAUGUCAGAGGAGGUUGAAGGACCUAUCUACAAAAGCAGAGGAACAAUUGAAGACAAGUACAACGGCCCUAGAAGCGCUUGAAAGGGAUGUUAGGAACAAGACACACGCGCAGAAGUUGGACAGCGAAAUGUACCAACUACACAACAAAGUUGAGAAGUUGAACUCCAGCGAGCUUAUCGAUAAUAUGACAACCGCAUUUUCACAUCCAUUAAGUUGGGCGAAACAUUCGUACGACAACAUGCAACGUAGUCAAAAAGAGCGGGAAGGCUGCAUGAAAUUGUGCAACAGAAUUAAGGAGCAGAUCAAAUGGUGCGAGAACGAAAUGUGGAACCAUUCGAAUUCUGUCAAUGUGGCACUAAAAGUCAGGGUGCAAACCUUGCUGAUUGUUAGAAAUAAUCUACAGUCGCAUCUUCAACAGGUGAAUACUAGAAUCCAAGAACAAGAGAAGGUGGCUGAGAAAAUAAAGGAAGCCAUCGUUGAUAAGGAAGUACCGCUGCAGAUAGCGCAGACGAGACUGCAAGAAAGGAACAAAAGAAUCGAGAUGGAACUGUGUCGAGACAUUGUUGUAGAAUUAGUUGCCAUAAGAGAAGAGGUAGUUAUGUUGAAAUCGAAACUCCAGGCCGUCACAAGAUCCAUAGAGAGACUGCAUAAAGUGCAAGUGAAGCUGGAAGAGGAAAUCCGUGUUAAGGACACCAGCCUGGAUAUCGACGGCAGGAUCUGUCUCUCGUUGAGAAAAAAUAUCCAGCAGGAUAAUUGUAAACUCACUUACGUCCCCGUCCUAACUGUCAUGUGA